AGCAAGGCAGUGGGAGCGACUGGGAAGCAGCCCUGAAAUCCUCAGAAACGAGCAAGCAUUCAACAGGGAAAGAGCCUUUGGGAAAUCAAAAGAGAGGAAACCAAGUCAAGAAGGGAAAGAAACCUCUCACUUCUCAAGAGUCCGACACCUGGGAACCUCUGACUGCCCAGAUGACUCGCAAAGGCAAAAGGAGAAGUAAGUGUCCUGUCUGUGGGAAAAGAUAUUUGCGAUUAAAGGUACACUACAGGUGCCACACAAGCGAAGAACUCAACAGAUCCCCCCCACGUGAAAAGCCACACCAGUGCACAGAAUGUGGAAGGCAAUUCUGUUUAAGGGGAAACCUGAAAUCGCAUCAGAGAAUCCAUAUAGGAGAGAAGCCUUAUGAAUGCAAAGAAUGCAGAAAGUGCUUCUCUCAGAGCAGAGACUUGCGUUCCCAUUGGAGAAGCCACGCAAAAGAGGAGUCAUAUAUAUGCAGGGAGUGCGGAAAGAGCUUGAAGUCCUGCACAACUCUGUAUUCGCAUGAGAAAACCCACAGGGAGAAACGCUUUGCUUGCGUGGACUGCGAAAAGCAGUUUGUUCGGAAGGAUGCCCUUAUAAUACACCAGAGGACCCACACGGGGGAAAGACCAUUCAAAUGUGCGGACUGCGGAAAGAGCUUCACCCAGGCUGGGAACCGGGAUAAGCAUGAGAAAACCCACAGAAGUGAGAAGCCGUACAAAUGCCUGGAAUGUGGGAAGACCUUCGGCACAAGAGCAUACCUGUCUUUGCACGAAAAAACCCACACAAGGGAAAAGCCAUAUGCAUGCUUGGACUGUGGGAAGAGAUUCCUUUUGAAGUCUAUGCUGUGGUCGCAUGAGAAGGCCCACACCACGGAGAAGCCCUACAAAUGCCUGGAGUGUGGCAGAAGCUUCGCUCAGAGCACAAAUUUCCGCAGGCACCAGAGGACCCACACAGGGGAGAAGCCACAUCGGUGCUCAGAAUGCGGAAAGGUCUUCAGUCAGAGAGGUCAACUGCGCAGGCAUGAGAGAUUCCACACAGGAACAAAACCAUACAAAUGCAUGGCCUGCGGGAUGUGCUUCAGGCACAGUGGAUCCCUACGUCAGCAUGAGAAGGUCCACAAGGGAGAAAAGCCACACCAGUGCAAGGAAUGUGGAAAGAGCUUCAUUCGGAUCGACCACUUGCGCUGCCAUGAGAAAACCCACACUGGGGAGAAACCCUAUAAAUGCAUGGAGUGUGGAAAGGGCUUUUCUCAGAGCGGAUAUCUACGUUUACAUAAGAGAACCCACACAGGGGAGAAACCUUAUAAAUGUACAGAAUGUGAUAAGAGCUUCAGCCUUAGUCAUUACCUAGUACUACACAAAAGAAUGCACACAGGGGAGAAACCCUAUAUAUGCCCGGAGUGCGGGAAAAGCUUCACGCAGAUUUCAAAUCUCUCUAAACAUCAAAAAACCCACACAGGGGAGAAACCCUACAAGUGCAUAGACUGUGGGAGAUGCUUCAGUUCGAGUGACAGUCUCCAUUUCCAUCAGAAGACGCACACAGGGGAGAAGCCAUAUCAGUGCUCGGAAUGUGGAAAGGAAUUCAGAUGGAGACGGUCUCUGAGAUUGCAUGAGAGAAUCCACACGGGAGUGAAACCAUACAAAUGCACAGCCUGCGGGAUGUGCUUCAGACACAGUGCAUCCCUGCGCCUGCAUGAGAAGAUCCACACAGGAGAAAAGCCACACCAGUGCAAGGAAUGUGGAAAGAGUUUCACUUUGAUUGGACAACUGCGCGUCCAUGAGAGAACCCACACUGGGGAGAAGCCCUAUAAAUGCACGGAGUGUGGAAAUAGCUUUUCUCAGAGUGGAAAUCUACGUUCACAUAAGAGAACCCACACAGGGGAGAAACCUUAUAAAUGUACAGAAUGCGAUAAGAGCUUCAGCCUUAGUCAAAGCCUAAUACUACACAAAAGAAUCCACACUAGGGAGAAGCCCUAUAUGUGUCCAGAGUGCGGAAAAAGCUUCACGCAAAGUUCACAUCUCUCUACACAUCAAAGAAGCCACACAGGGGAGAAACCCUACAAGUGCAUAGACUGUGGGAAAUGCUUCAGUUCGAGCACUCGUCUCCGUUCACAUCAAAGGACCCACACAGGGUCCUAUUAAAGCAUCGGAUGUCGAAGGAGCUUCAGCAAGGAUAACGGGGAAACUUCAGCCAGAUCGCAAAAACUUACUAUGAGGAUAAGCGAUACUACAAAAGGCUCAGAAAUAUUGGACUCAGAUACACAGGAUGGUGGACGAUUUUGCAAAGGUUAAAUUGACAAGGAAGCCUGGACUAUUUGUUGGGGAUGCUAUAUGGCCAAUUAGAAAAGAAAGACAGAGAAUUAAUUAGUGCACUAUAUGAUCACAGCGGCAAGAAUGUUAUGAACCCAAAUGGUUCCUGUUCUUUUGAUGCAGAGCGUUGAAGGAAUAGUGAUGUAUAUUGGAUCAAUGAGGCACUUCAGAGACCAAAUUUGAUUUUAAUACUUUUCAUGUAACAUUCAUGGAGUAUAAUCAUCUUAGAAUCACAUCGGAAUCACAUCAAGAGAGAGCUCUCAUCCAUUCAUCUCAAGCAUACUCACGACGCUUUAGUUGCUGCGGUUCCUGAAAGCGUGCUUGGUCUUGGAAGUCCCCUGCGUUUAUAGUCUGAAGUUACUUUUUAACAUGUUCCGCUCUUGUGAUUUCAGAACAUUCACAUUCAUCUUUCCGUUCGUAUGAUUUAUGGGGUACUACCUGCACGCUUUUGUUGUUAGCCUUGAUAUGCUUCUAUUGUCCAUUGUUUUUCAGCUGAGCUUUAUUGCUUCCUUGCUUCGUCUGGAAAGUCCGAUCCAUCUCAUGCUUGGCGUGAACUCCAUGCGGAUUCUUCAGGCCUGUUCUUCUUCUGCUCUUUUUCAUACACUCACACAUUCGCCCUUUAUAGGAAUCCUCUCUGCCCAGAAAUGGAAAUAACCAAAUAUUCUUCCGCAAGAAUGAAAUGAUGAAAAUACACAAACUAGCUGAGAUUAAUAAAUUGACAGCAUUAAUUGAGGAGAAAUCUUUGACUAAAUUCAAGAAAUAACGAGACACAUUUAUCACUAUUCUACAGCAAAGAUGGCAGCAACCUUGAACUAUUGUUUUUCCGAUAUGGAAGAAUGUUCUUAAAAGUAGAAAGGUAGAAAUAAAGGGAUACUUAAAGGGACCAAGAAGGAAGAAAAGCAACAAAAGGGCGGCAUAUAGAUUAGUAGGGUUCUGUAGAAAAUGCAUAAAGGUUCUAUGCUGUAGAGA